CAGCUUCAAGGGCCUCCCCUUCCGGGAGCGGGGCUACAUGGCGGCCGUCAUUCCUGCCGCCCGCUGGCUCGGCGCCGCCGUAGCAGCGUUGUUCCUGGGGUGCUGCGGCGCGGUGCUCGCCGGCGGCAUCCAGGAUCAAGCAGAACAGUUCUUCAGAAGUGGACAUACAAAUAACUGGGCAGUUCUGGUAUGUACAUCUCGAUUCUGGUUUAAUUACCGACAUGUGGCAAACACUCUUUCAGUAUACAGAAGCGUCAAGAGACUGGGCAUUCCUGACAGUCACAUCGUCCUGAUGCUGGCAGAUGAUAUGGCAUGUAAUCCCAGGAAUCCUAAACCAGCUACUGUGUUUAGUCAUAAAAACAUGGAGCUAAAUGUCUAUGGAGAUGAUGUGGAAGUGGAUUACAGGAGCUAUGAGGUUACUGUGGAAAAUUUCUUGCGUGUAUUAACAGGAAGAAUCCCACCAAGCACUCCCCGAUCUAAACGUCUUCUUUCUGAUGACAGAAGCAAUAUUCUAAUAUAUAUGACAGGCCAUGGUGGGAAUGGUUUCCUAAAAUUUCAAGAUUCUGAAGAAAUCACAAAUGUAGAACUUGCUGAUGCCUUUGAACAAAUGUGGCAGAAAAGGAGGUACAAUGAAUUGUUGUUUAUUAUUGAUACUUGUCAAGGAGCAUCCAUGUAUGAACGAUUUUAUUCACCUAAUAUAAUUGCCUUGGCUAGCAGCCAAGUAGGAGAAGAUUCUUUAUCACAUCAGCCUGACCUUGGGAUUGGUGUCCAUCUCAUGGACCGAUACACAUUCUACAUGCUGGAAUUCUUGGAAGAAGUUCAUCCAGCCAGUCAGACAAAUAUGAAUGACCUUUUUCAGGUCUGUCCAAAAAGUUUGUGUGUUUCCACUCCUGGGCAUCGAACUGAUCUCUUCCAGCGAGACCCUCAGAAUGUUCUGAUAACAGACUUCUUUGGCAGCGUAAGAAAAGUGGAAAUUACAACAGAGACAAUUUCUUUGGACCGUAAUUUAGCUGGCUUUGAAAGCGAACUGCCAAAGGAUGUGUUGGCAACAGAACCACUGAAAUAUGCUGAUCAACUUCCUGUGGCUCAGAUAAUACACCAGAAACCAAAACCAAAGGACUGGCAUCCUCCUGGAGGGUUUAUUCUAGGACUUUGGGCACUGAUUAUCAUGGUUUUCUUCAAGACAUAUGGAAUCAAACACAUGAAGCAUAUCUUCUAAAUUUGAGCAAGCAAGACUAUUGCACUGACUGCUACCUUGGAUUCACUGGUGUCAUCUGAGUUCUCUUUAUGUAUAUUAUGGUUGUAGUGAAAAACAGAGUUAGCAUCUCACUUCCAAGUGUUCUUUUGACAUCGUGUCUUCUGCCUUCUUUUUCUGAAGUCUAACACAUGGUUAUAAUAUUAGACAAACCUUUUUCUUUUUUUUUUCCCCUCCUAAUGUUUUAAGCAAAUGUUUUAUGCUUUCUAUUUGACCAUCUUCUCUUUCUCAUUAUAUUUAAAAAAGGGUGAACCUCAACAUCUUAGCAGACUUUCUGAGGUAGUAAUCUAGAAAAAUAUGGUUUUUUUCCCUCUGUUAAAUGCAGCCCUUAGGCCAGUCCUUUCACCCUAGGCAAGUUUGGAUUUAGAAUUCUGAGUUGGUGGAAGUGAAACAAAAAUACAAUGACCUCACUGAAUCUGCUUAAAAGAAAUGCCAAAAAGAGUGAAACUGUGAGCACGGGGUGACCGCCAAGAGCAUGUCGUAGCUGUCAUCUUUUUACUCCGUGUGAUCUGGAUUUGGACGUAUUCAGGGUUUUCAGUGCACUGGAUUUUUGCAUAAAGCAAAACUGACUCUAGGAUCAGGAUGAAAAAUGGUGAAGUGGUACUUUGCAUUCGGUAAUUUCUGAGCAUGUGGAAGAUGAGAUUUAUAAUUUAGGUUUUGUAAAUUAUGUUCGGGCAUAUUGAUUUGUUCUUCUUGGACAUGUAAUGAUGAAUGCAUGCUAACUGUGUUUUGGCUGUGUAAUGCACAGAUACUAAUAAAGAGAAGCACAAAUUUCUGCAUGUAUAAAAACAGUAAGUGCCAACUAGGUGAUGCUUUUGCGGUGUGCUUUUGGAAUCUGUUCUCUCUCCUUGUUGUAAUAAAGCUGAUGUGUACAUGGUCUAAAGUUA